AUGUGCCGCAAGAAUCAUGUCAACAACAUUCGAGAGGAGGAAUCAAGGCCGAUGGUUUCACGCGAGUGGAAAAAGGAUCCGAACAACGAUCAGCAAAAUGGCCUCGUCGAAAACUACAUGAAGAUCAUGAACAAGGCGAUGGCCACAGCGGUGAGUAACGGAACGUGUUUCAAAGAGGCAUUGAAAGCGGCGGUGAACGCUCAUAAUGCCGCUGCCCAUGCGGUUACUGGUGUGCCACCAGAGGAGGCAAACUCAACGUCUCAGCGUAGUACGAAUGGGGACGUCGACAACAACAACAACAACAACAACAACAAUAGCAACAUCAUCAGUAACAUGCUUCAGCCCAUCGGCACCCCGAUGACCACGAAAGCAUGCACCAGCAUAUCACCAAGAACGCCAACUCAGCAGCAGCUACAGUUGCAGGAAAAAGCUGCAGAAAAAGCCAAACGCUGCAGAAAACGACGAAAACAAAUUCACACCAGCAGUACCAAAAACAUCAUCCAAGGAAAUGAAUACAGCCGCUACAACAACGCCACCUCCGACAACAACACCAUCAACAAUAACAACAACACCAAUAACAACAACGACAGCAACAACGACAACAACAACAACAACUACAACAACAACAACAACAACAAUAGCAACAACGGAAAUGGAAAUAUCACAUGGACAUCAUUACCCCUGGACAAAGAAUUAUUAGCCGCAGCACGCAUACAAUUUUCUGGACCACCAAAGGAAACGGACCAGCAGAAGGAACAGCAGCAGCAGCAACUAAAGCAGCAGCAGCAUUGGAAGCAGCCGCAGCC